GCCCCUGUAAAUCAGUCCUGCCUAUACAGAUGCUUCACCGCCCGUGUCGGCCUUGUCACCAUCCGUGUCUAGCCUGAAACAAGCGCCUUGACGAAUCACCCAAAAUACCAUCUCUCAACCAGUGCCACACAAACGCCAUCGUUUACUUUCAGUGUCAUCGCCAAUCUCCCAACCAGUGCCCCUACAACGCCGUCCUGCCAUUCCUUACGAUGAAGGGACCUUGUACAUAUAAAUCAAACACCCGGCCAAUAGCACCGAUCGAUAACUCUUGAGUGUGCUAAAUAUAACCAGAUCCCACAAUGCAUUGCACGCGACGGCAUACUUUCGGACAAUGACAAUGGAUGUGCAAAGUGUAUCUCAUGUAUCAGCAGUUAAUAUUAGUGAAAAACACAGGCGUAGAGGUGCAACUAAGCAUUGUGCUUAUGGUCUAUGUAAACGUGACUCUAGAUACAUGGAUAGACCAGGUAUGGAAAGCGUUUACUUUAUUCGCUUUCCACAAUUUCAUCGGGAACCGGAGAAAUGUACUCGAUUGGCCAAUGCAUGUCGACGAGAGCACUUUACUGCUUUAUCAGUAAAGAAGAAUACUUACAUAUGUAGUUUGCAUUUUAAGGGUGGUAGAGGCCCCACGGAAGAAUAUCCUGACCCAAUUCCGGCAACAGCUACCAAAUAUGAGCUUGACAAAUUUGUCAGAAGCAAAAAAAGGCCGUUAAUGCGUAAAAGUUUGACAAGGUCCCCAGAACCCAAACGCAAGAAAAGUGAUUUCGUGGAUAAAAACUUUGUUGAAAUCAAGGCUGCUGGUGUACCGCCGGAUAUGGAUCAUCACAUUACUAAUCAUGAUGCAGUCCAGGCAGCAGAGGCAUUAUUAAUGUUGCAGAAUUCUAAAAAAUAA